AUGCUGCAGACAGUGCUGCUGUGUACGAGACAGGUGGACACAGGGGGAAUAACGGAGAGCGAUUGAGGACAGGGACGAGAAAAGGAAGGAAGAGGAACCAGCCCAAGGAAGACAAGAGAAGAAAACAGCUGAGACAAGCUGAGAAAGAUACUUCAGCGGCGGCGGUUUUGGAUUCAGGAAAGGCGGGUGAACAGGAAUGAUGGAGGGGCAUGUGCAAUGUGUGACCAGAGUGAAGAUAACAAGUCCUCCUCCAUAGGACUUACACACAUAUAUACAUUCAAACUCAUCAACACACUCUGCAGAUGCUUUUGAAAAGCAUCAGCCUCAAGCCUUUCCCAGGUACUGUUUCUUGUUCUGAUGUGACAAAACACAGCGAUGGAGUGAUAUGGAUCAACACAAUUAGAUACAGGAGGAUGGAUGGCUUUGAGGGACAGUGGAGAUGGACACACCAUUUCCUUCUAGUCAACUGGGUUUUGCUAGUGGCAGCUGCUCCGCCCACAGCACUUGGCUAUUUUCUGGGAGACACUAAGGCAGUACUGAACGGCUGUGAUGACUACUGGACCCUGCAGGACAGGGCCGCCAUGCCACUGCUCUUUCAGAUGACAGUGUGUGUGGAUAUUCGUGUGGUGGUCCCUGGAGCAUGGGUGGCCUUCUCUUACAGCUCGGUCCACGCACCCAGGCCUGAACUGGGUCUGGAGGGAGACGACGGGGCGCUGUAUGGGUGGCUGCUAAGGGUCCGACACCGAUUUCCUCUCCAGUUGUCCCCAACUCACUGGCACAGGGUCUGUCUCAGGAGGGACGUACCGCACAACUCCUUUAGCCUGGAGGUUGAUGGGGAAAUUGUGGCCGAGAGAACCGUUAUCGCUCACGCUAUCCCACCCUCCGGCUCCCUGUGGCUGGGCUGUCAUCCCAGAGACAGACCCCCGGGAGUCAAGCUCGGAGAAGUGGAGCUGUACAUGUUCCGAAUGUGGGCAGACUUGGGUGAUCAUGGCCUCUGUGAGGACGGCAAUGUGAUCGGAUGGAAUGCCCGAUACUGGGGCGUGACCAGUCCCAAAGCCAGACAGAGAGACCCUCACCUUCUGUGUGACCACAGACGGUUGAGACGUGAGGCUGUGGUUUCUACUGUGUCUUCAGCGAUUACAACUCUAAUUGGACGGCAAUACCUGCCUUCAACUGAUGUGCCUUUAGCUACAACUACCUCAAGUCCUGUCACAGCAACACCUGAUUCUCACAUGAGCAACCCGACGACUAUGGCCACAAGUUCCCCACUCCUAAACUGUAACAUCAACCAACUCUGUUCCAAUACAGAUACUUACUUUUGGAUGUUCUUGAGCGUGGACGCCAAAGUGAGCAAUAAUAUUGCUAAUGAUGUGAAAGAUCUGCUCAGCUACGCUGUCUCAGUGUGUGAUCUGCAGCUCGCCGGAGUCUCUGCACUGCAGCAAGCUGGAGACGAAAAUAUACAAGCAAGAAUCAUUGGAGAGGUGGCGAGAGUCGGUCGAAAUCUGUGUAAGGACCCGCAGUCCCCUCGUGACAAGUUUGUGAAGUGUACAUCCACAUCUUCCCUGGAUGAUAUCUGUCAGGCAAACACACACUCUGAGGUUACAUGCUCUAUCUUAGACCUGAACUACUCCAAUCUAGCCCCACAGCCUGUGACAGAAUCCUGCAGCAGCCAGUUUUACGCUGUAGGAAUUAAAAUAAACACGGCUUCUGUUGAUGUUAACAUCCUAAAAACCUUGGCUGCUCACCUGGAGUGCCGUGGGACACAACAGAGGUAG